GGUUCAAUGAUGGAGAAAAAGUGUAUCCUGUAUUUAUGGCUAAUCUUGCCUUUUUUUAUGAUUCUUGACAUAGCAGAAUCAGAAGAGAACAUCGAAGGCUUAAGUCAGUUGGGUGUCUAUACUAGAAAUAAAAUCAUGACGGCUCAAUAUGAAUGUUACCAAAAAAUUAUGCAAGACCCUAUUCAACAAACAGAAGGCAUUUACUGCAACAGAACCUGGGAUGGGUGGUUAUGCUGGAAUGAUGUUGCUGCGGGAACUGAGUCAAUACAGCACUGCCCUGAUUACUUUCAAGACUUCGACCCAUCAGAAAAAGUUACAAAGAUCUGCGACCAAGAUGGAAACUGGUUUAGACAUCCAGAAAGCAACCGAACAUGGACAAAUUAUACCCAGUGUAAUGUUAACACACAGGAGAAAGUGAAGACUGCACUGAAUUUGUUCUACCUGACUAUAAUUGGACAUGGAUUAUCUAUUGCUUCACUGCUUAUCUCGCUUGGCAUAUUCUUUUAUUUCAAGAGCCUAAGUUGCCAAAGGAUUACCUUGCACAAAAAUCUAUUUUUCUCUUUUGUUUGUAACUCUAUUGUAACAAUCAUUCAUCUCACUGCAGUGGCCAACAACCAGGCUUUAGUGGCCACAAAUCCUGUUAGUUGUAAAGUGUCUCAGUUCAUUCAUCUUUACCUCAUGGGCUGUAACUACUUUUGGAUGCUUUGUGAAGGCAUUUACCUACACACACUCAUUGUAGUGGCUGUGUUUGCGGAAAAGCAACAUUUGAUAUGGUAUUAUUUUCUUGGCUGGGGAUUUCCACUGAUCCCUGCUUGUAUACAUGCUGUGGCGAGAAGCUUAUAUUACAAUGACAACUGCUGGAUCAGUUCUGAUACCCAUCUUCUCUACAUUAUCCAUGGUCCAAUUUGUGCUGCUUUACUGGUGAAUCUUUUUUUUCUAUUAAAUAUUGUACGUGUUCUCAUUACCAAGUUAAAAGUUACUCACCAAGCAGAAUCCAAUCUCUACAUGAAAGCUGUGAGAGCUACACUUAUCCUGGUGCCGUUACUUGGCAUUGAAUUUGUGCUGAUUCCGUGGCGACCUGAAGGAAGGAUUGCAGAGGAGAUAUAUGACUACAUCAUGCACAUCCUUAUGCACUAUCAGGGUCUUUUGGUUUCUACAAUUUUCUGUUUCUUUAAUGGAGAGGUUCAAGCCAUUCUAAAAAGAAAUUGGAAUCAAUAUAAAAUCCAAUUUGGAAACAGCUUUUCCCAUACAGAUGCUCUUCGAAGUGCAUCUUACACAGUGUCAACAAUCAGUGAUGGUACAGGUUACAGUCAUGACUGUCCUAGUGAACACUUAAAUGGCAAAAGCAUCCAUGAUAUUGAAAAUGUUGUCUUAAAACCAGAAAAAUUAUAUGAUUGAUAAUUGAGGGAGUACUGCUUAACUAUUUUGUGCCACUCCUAACUAAAGGACUUGGAUCUAUGGCUUUACAACCAGAAGACUUCAAUAUUCAAUGAAUUUCUUGAAUGCCACAAAGAAAACCUUCACAUCAAUUCAGUAGUGUGUUGUUAAAUGUUUAAUAACUAGCUCUUUGGGGGAAAAAAGAAACCCUGAUUUGUAAUGUUUUCCAGUUUCUGUGGUGUAUUCCCACCAUGGCUGAUUUUAGGCUACCAAUUUGACAUUGCUGAAUGUGAAAUUGGGAAAAUAUCAGUACAAUCAACUCUUAUAGGCUGGUAUGUACCAGCUCUAGGACACCACGGCAUGAAUUCACAAAUGAGUAAGACUGUAAAAGUUCAUAUACACACUGGGCACAAUUCUACUCUUACUGACUAAAAAGAGCUAGGUAAGACCUCCAGACUUGGAGGGAAAAUUAGCUUUUCAUUUGUUUGUUUUUAAAAUUUUUAUCCCAUAUUCAUUGG